AUGGCUGCCCAAGAACAAGGCCUCUUCUCGUCCGACCUCAUCUCCGAGACUGUGGCCCAGGCUCUCCCUGAAGGCUACACCGCCCGCUCUCUCCGCCUGUCCGACUACGAUGCCGGCUUCCUCGACUGCCUCCGCGUACUGACCACAGUCGGCGACAUCUCGAAAGAGCAGUUUGCCGAGAGAUACGAGUGGAUGGCCAAGUCGGACGGCUACUACAUUCUUGUCAUUGACGACGGCACGCGCGUCGUCGGCACUGGUGCACUGCUUGUCGAGCGGAAGUUUGUGCACAGCCUUGGCCUCGUCGGCCACAUCGAGGACAUCGCGGUGGCCAGUGACCAACAGGGCAAGAAGCUUGGGCUGCGCAUCAUCCAGGCUCUCGACUACAUUGGCGAGAAGGUGGGCUGCUACAAGACGAUCUUGGACUGCAGUGAAUACAACGAGGGCUUCUACGUCAAGUGCGGCUUCCGCAGAGCCGGCCUCGAAAUGGCACACUACUACGAAGGCGAGCAGAGCAAGUCGCAGACAAAGACGAAAUGA